ACAUAUUACAAUACUGUGUGUUCCAAACAGCUGCAUUUUAACCUCUCGGCUCGCCUUUAAUUAAAAAAAUUCUUCUUUUUUUUUGUUGUUUUUUUUUAGUCUUUGUCCACAGCCGUUAUUCUCCAGGCAUGCCUCUUCCAGACACAUUCUAUUGCGCCCAACAAAUCAACAUCCCUCCCGAGCUACCGGACAUCCUCAAAAGCUUCACCAAGGCAGCUAUCCGAACACAGCCCAAAGAUUUGCUGCAGUGGUGUUCAGCAUACUUCAAUGCACUGGCCAAAGGGGAGUGUCUUCCAGUAAAGGAGAGGCUGGAGAUGAAUGUUGCCACUCAGAAGACUGACACUGGACUGACUCCAGGUCUACUGAAGAUCCUCCAUAAGCAGUUGUCUCCAAAUGAAACUUGCAGCAAAGAGGAUGUGCAGCUGAAAUGGAAGGCUCUAUGUCUUCCCAUGGAACAACUGGAGGCUCUGCUAUCGUUGGGCAGCUUUGAUUCGAAAAUCAACUGGAUGGAGUUUUUUGCCCUGGGCUGUAGUGCUCUUGGAGGGACUCUUAUAAGCUCUAUGAAGUACGCCUGUGAGAUCCUGACAACUGAUGAGGAGGGUGGCCCUUCGAGGAUCCCAUUCGAUACCUUCUCCCAUCUCUACACCUACUUGGCUCAACUAGAGGGGGACAAAGCAGAGGACCACACUGAGACCUUCCUCCACAGCCUGAUGCCACUAAUCAACAAGCAGAACGGCAUGAUUCAAGUUUCCAACUUCUACCCCAGGAGGAAGUUUGUGGUCAAAAAAAUGCCUAUGGAAGACUAAAAGAAGCAACAGAAGAAAGGAAGGGAGUCAUUGUGGUGAAUUAUUAAAAGAACCCAUGAGUACUCCAACUCGUCCCAUUAAUUGUUAGAAAUACUCAUUCUGUCUAAAUGUUGAUGUAAAGGUGAAGCAGCUAAUGUCAGGGCUAAUGAGAUUGCUUUUUCUGAGCAUGAACAGAGGUACACAACUGCCUCACAGCCUGUGUUUUAUUCCUCAUUUUCUUUUGCCUGGAUUAGCCUAAGUUCAUUUAUCAUCCAUGGAAACUAUCAGCUUACAGUCUCACCAUUACUGGCCUUUUAUCUUGGGUAUUCAUUCUUCCUGAGCAAACGAAGAAGAGGAAGAGAUUAGCAUCAGAGCACAAUUUCCAGCUCAGUUCAGAGGCUUGUGUUUUGUUCACCUUUGGGUUGUCAUGCAAGACGCUCAAAGCAAAAGCAUAUUCUGAAGACGUGUUCUCAUGUGGCAAACCGAGACUCUGUUUUCUUCUGAAAGCAUCCUCCGUUCUUACACACAUGCACCGAACACUGCCUCUUGCAGGGCUGCAGCUGUGAUCAAUUCGAGGCGACUGAAGGGCAGAUAGAACGACCGAUAACUUAAUAACAGCGGUCUCUCCACCCAUGUGACACAACACAGAAGGAAUGUUGUCAGGUCUUAAAACAGACAUGUUCAAGAUGACCCCCAGAGAAAUAGUCUGGCAGUGUCUUGACAAUAACAAAUUCAAUUCUUUGGAAUCUGCCCAGAAAGCCACUCUGUUUGCAAAAUGCUUUUAUCGUAUAAAACAUACAAAUACAAAAAUGUUAUUAAAGAAACUUCUUGAAUGAGUUAAUGUAAUUCAGCAAAUUGAGCUGCAUUACAUAAAAAAUGGAUAUAAUGUCAAGUAAAUAUAUUCAUACCCCUCAAACAUUGUUCAGAUUGUCUCACAUUACAGGUACAACAACAUUGUUUUUAACUAGCAUUAACUGAAAGUAAUGCAUAAUUAUGAUAUGGAAGAAAAAGCCAUCGAUCCACUGUCUAUAAAGAAAGCUAAUUGGGCGAGAGGUGAGGUACAACCUGGAAAGGUCACCAGUUCAUCACAGGGCAAAACAGAGACAACACAAAGAACAUUCUUAGACUUUGCAAUUACGUGCUAUGUGGUGAUGGUAUAUCACAUUAAAAUGUCCCAUAAUUUACAAAAAACAAAAAUGUGGAAAAUUCAAGAGGUAUGACUGUAGAUAACUAAGGUUAUACUCCAGAAUAUAUAACAAUAUACUGUAUAUUAGUACUAAUUUGUAAAAUAACUAAAUAAAUAAAAAAUAGAGACUUGAACUUGCAAAUUGCUGUUUUCUAUAUACAACAAUGCAGAGAAGCUAUACACUGUCAAUUCAAUGAAGCUAUAACUCUGUUCCUAGAAAGAGUAUGAUUCACUUCUAUUGGGACCUAUAGGUUCAUUUUGUUGCUUAGGAAGUAGAGAGUGGAUAUUGUUGCACUGUGAUUCUGAGGUAUAUCACUAACAGAGGAAAUUGGUGUUUCAAUAAUCAAGGAAGUGAUCAUUUACCCUUCUUACAAUUAUAGAGACCCACCUUGUCAGGUAAAACCUGUCCUUGUUGAUUGCCCUGGUAAAGUAGAUUAUGCUCUUAUUCAUGAAUAAUUCACUCAAAGCAAUACCCCAUGAACUUGUUGUUUUAACAUGAAGAUGCAUUCCUGUAUUUACUGACCUUUUGGUGUUCUGAUACCUUCCCCCCCGGGAUGCUAUCAACUGAACAUCUGUUUUCAUAUCCUUAAGUUUCCUGAUAUAUAUACCUAAUUUUUAGUCUGGGCAACUCACUUCUAUUUCCAGGAUUCAUCUUCGGGAAACAAUGGUCACAUUUACAGCUUCGGUCCUGUAAGUCCCAUUGUUUUAAAGGUGUUGAAACAUGGAAAGAAUAUGAUGUCAUUGCAAAUAUGUCAGCCCUGUAGGAAUCUCUGCUGCAGGGCGGACCUUAUUGCACCAUUUUUAUUGUUUCUUUUUUGUUUUUCGAAGCUUUGCCUAUAAGAUCACAUCUCCGGGGAAUCAGGGAAAGUUGCAGAACAGUGUGUAACAGGCAAGAGGAGAGAAAACGGACACAAAGACCCCCUGAUAGUGUUCUUGUGUGUAGCUGUUGUGUAACAGUUCUAAGGGUAAGGAAAAGGGAAAACAUGAUUCAUGUUGUUUUCUGAUGGUGUUGAGCAUAUCUAGCUGCUCUGUGGUGAGAGAUAACUCAUUUAUUUAUUUAUUUAUUUAUUGUGUAUGUUUGUGUCUGGUGAAUGUGGGAGACUUCGCCUAAAAAAAUAGUUAACAUACUUCAAAUGUGUCUUUUGCAGGGCAAUCCAGGAUGGGAUGAUAAAACCUGUGAACUUCAUCCACAUGCAUGACACGGAUUCAACUUCGUAGCAUCUAGA